AUGGAGCCAUUUCACUUUGACUACUGGAUGAUCUCCUUAGUGAGAUGGGCACCGGUGGUGGAUCCAUCAUAUCCAUCUGCGAUCACUUUCUGGGUUUGUGUCAUUGGAGUACCACUCCACUUCUGGGCUGAUCCAACCUUUCGAAGUAUCAGGAAGGCUUUGGGGAAGGUCGAAGCGGUGAAUCUCGAUGAGGGCAAGGUUCAAGUAAUCAUAGAUGGGCUUAAGCCUCUCUGUUUUGAAACGAGUGUGGAAUUCCAUGGAGGAGAAGAAACAACAGUGUAUCUACGGUAUGAAAGGCUCUUUGGUUACUGUCGCACCUGUUACAGUCUCUGUCAUGAGCAACAAAAGUGUCCAUCUCGGCAAGUUGAUACUGAUCGGAACAGAAAGGAGGAGCUACCGGAGGAUCCAAAAAAUGGGAAAGGAGCAAUCUCCUACAAAAAUGCAGUUGCUCAUGGAAGUUUUAAAGAACCAGUAAAGUAUGGAGGAUCAAGCUCCUCAAGCAAUGGGUAUUACAAAAAUAAAAAACAUGGGCACGAGAACAGGGAAGGAUAUGAAGAGGGUCGCUAUCUCAGGGGUAAGGGAGAAUGGAAAUAUGGCGAAGGAGCUCUGAAGCAGAGCAGACCUGUAAGCUAUGUGCAUCCUCAUGAGCUCCAAUCACGAGGCGGUACAAAUCUAACUAUCGCUACAAAGGGGAAUUCUGUCACUGAAGAUGCAGAGGCUACACUAGUGGGAAUGAAUGAGGAUCCAAAAUUGGGUAGUAAGGUAAGGAAAAACUUGGAUUUUGAGAAUGGUGAAGUUGCUAACAAUGCGAAUCAGAGUGCAGAUUCAGAGGCGGGCAAGGUUCUGAUGGAUGCAGCAGAAAAUGGGCAAGGGUUAGAAGCCAAUGAAGAAUCGGUCCAUGACUGGGAAAAGCUGCUAGCAAACGAUGAUACUUUAAUGGAUUUUGAGAUUGAUGGUGCUGUUGCAGGAAACUUUGAAGAUAAUACUAUCGAGCAGGAACAUCAGAUGCAACUUACCUCAGAGGCGGUGAAAGAGCUCUUAGAGCAGGAAGAUGGUGAGCUGCUCACAACUGGAGAGGAAAGUAACACGGAAGUGGAGGAAACCGCCAUCGGUGAAAUAGGUACAAAAGAAAAAGAUGAAAAUAUGGAGACACAAAUGGUCUUGACAGGAGAAAACGAAGGUAACAAGCAAGGUACGAAGAAGAAGGUUGCAAAAAGUAACACCACAAUAAUUGGAGGGAACACCAAGAAGAGGAUGGUUCAAGCAUUGAUCUCUCCACGCAAAAGACAAUCUGUCAAGGGUCCAUCAAACCCGAAGCUGGGACAGAAAGGCACCAAAUCUCGAGUGAUUGAUGAGGAUACUUAG